CAGGAUCUUUACUGCACUGAAGGAUGCACUGAGAAUCAACUGACCUAGAAAACAAAACAACGCCUUUUUUUUUGUUCAAACAGACUCAUCCUGGCCAGCCAUGAUCGGUGUAGAUUUGCGGUCACUCACCCAGCCUGUGGGGAUCAUGCGAACAAUGGCAGCCAUUCUCACUUGUAUGUCUUUUAGCCUGGUGGCAACGGUGGGAAAAGUUUCAUCUCCGUACUGGGCCUGGUGCAUGUUCACCUGGUGUUUCUGCUUCUUCUUCACCUUCCUCAUUCUCAUCCUGGAGUUCACCACUGUCAAUACCAAAUUACCUUUCGUCUGGGAGGACUUCACCGCUGCCUUUGCUAUGCUGGCGAGCCUCAUGUGCCUUGCCGCCUCCAUCAUCUACCCCACCUUCUUCAGCUGCAACAACUGCCCCCGCCAAAUCGGUGCCUCUGUGGUGUCCUGGGUGUGUUUUGGGGUGUAUACAGGCGAAGUGAUCUUAACCCGCCUUCGUCCGAGUGGACAGAACAGCGGCUUCCUCUCCACGUUGCCUGGCAUAAUGAAGAUGCUGGAGACCUUCCUCGCCUGUCUCAUCUUCACAUCCCUGGAGAACGGCCAGUACAAGGACUCCCCAGGACUGCAGUGGUGUGUGGCCGUGUACUCCUUGUGUUUCAUCUUUGCCAUCCUCAUAAUCCUGCUCACCCUUGGACAGCUGACCUCUUUUUUUCCAUUCUCCUUUGAUAAGCUAGUGAUUGUCUAUAACAUUUUGGCAGCAGUGAUGUAUAUGACAGCUGUUGUGAUCUGGCCACUGUAUAGUUUCCGUACGGGUAAGAGACCUGUUAACUGUGGCCACCUCUGUGCCUGGGAUAAACUGGUGGUGGUCACCUUCAUGGCGAUCAUCAACUUUAUUGUUUACACCUUGGACACUGUCUACUCUAUACGCCUUGUGUUCUUCGUUAAUAUCCAAAACUAAAAUAAACCAAAAACAAAAUGUGUCCUGGGUUUGAAAGGAUUUGGAGAGGGUUUUAUAUUGUCCCCAGAGCUAUUCUGUAAACUUUUUUAGACAGAUUAUUUGUUGUUUUAGACACAAUGCAAUAUAUAUACACUCUGCUAAUGCUUUCCAUCAAGUGCUCUCAAAAAUGAUAAAUUACGCUCAUUUAAUGUUUGGCACCCAGUGUAGUAUGGAAAAAGAAGGACAGAUAGUUAAUGAUUAAAACUGCAGUAUCACUAUCAUAAAAAUAAAAUAUAGCCUGGUAGAACUUUGGAUCCUGAUACACAAAGAGUGAUCAAACAUUGCAGGUAAUAACACUGAACUGUUACUUUAGUUUAUUACCACAGGCUCUAUAAAAGUAGAAGAUGUAUCUGCGUCUGAAAAGUGAAGCUAAUGCUGAAGUGCCUUAAAGCUGCAUUCUUUCUGAUGGUCAGCAGGGGGCAACUCCACUGGUUGCAAAACGAAGUCAUACUAUAUAGAAACUAUGACAAAAUGACCCUACUUCUCACUUGAUUUAUUACCUCAGUAGACAUUUUGUUAAUGACUUUUACGGCUAUACAGUCUAUAUCAAUUGUAAUGAGUGAUAGUCAAAUUACUUUAUGUUGCAUGUGAAUAUAUAUGUAUGUUUUCACAUUAAUGAUUGUCAUCUUAUCAUUUGUGGGUGCUGCACCUUGCUGAUUAGAGGAAUAGCUCAGACAUUUUAAGUAAUAUGCUCAUUCAUCUUAUUACAGAGUGGCAGAUUGACACCACUCUCAUUUCUGUACAGUGAAUAUAUCUGGAAGUUUCCAGUCUUUAUGCUAAGCUAAGCUAACUGGCUGCGGGUCGCUUCGCGUUUAUUGUACAGAUGUUAGGGUGUUACAAAUCUUCUCAUCUAAAUCUCGACAAGAAAGCAUGCGCAAGAAAGACUAUUUCCAUAACUACCAUACCAUAAUACCAAACUUUUCUUUGAAUCCUAGUGGCAUGAAAGACAAUAAUUUCAAAUGUUUUUUGUGAUAAACUGUGUAGGGCACAUGUGUCAGACUUGGCACCUCAUUUUAUGUGACCUGCAGUAGCUUACAAAGACUAUAAUUAGCACAAUACAAUUCUAUGUUGCAUUACAGAAGUAUGUUGUCCCAAAAUCCAUCUCAAUUUUGUUAUCCACGCACUGAAAGCAUCUGUUAGAUGUCAUUCGUAGGGACAUGUCCCUACCGUCUCUACCAAAUUCUAUGCCCUUGGUGUCAGUCAAAUGACAUGCCCACAGACAUUCAUCUUAUUUCUAGUUCUUCAAAUGCUGUUGCUGUGAUGUUAGCUAUAGAAACAUGAGAGUUGGGAGUAUCACUGUCUGGAGCUGGUGUGCUGGCUCUAGAACCUGUCUCAUCCUCUCUUCAUGUUAGCUUCAUAGCAGCAAUUGUAGUGACUGUUUGCUAACCCACAACUUAGCUAACCAUUGUUGCGUUACUUGCUGUGUCAUUGAUCACUCUAUAUCAUGGUAUUGACUUUUUAAUGGAGAAAGAGCGCUAUGGUGUGUAUGGUGAUCAGAGAUCUAAUCCACUUUCACAUCCCAUUUCGCCCACAUCAUGUCCGAGUAAUCUGAACCAGAAUCUGACCAGUAUAGUUACGCUGCCUCAUUUAAUUUAUAAGCAGAUAUACAUUUUGGAUUUUAAAGACUGCUUGUACAAACUUAAAAAACCUGUAUUGUUUUUUUGACUUUAUUACUUAUAUAUACUUUGUAUAUUUCAUUUUUUAAAUAAAUUGUAUAUUUUUAGUUGUACUACAUUUGAAUGCCAUUAUUGCCAUUAUUUUUUCCCUGAUUUCUUUGGCAGCUGUCCUCAAUCACCAAAUCAGGACCUGGAGCUUAAAGGCAGGAACUGUCAGUUUAGUUUGUGUUAUGGCAGCGUUAAGGUGCAGAUAAACUGGAUCUGUUGACAGAUGUCAAGUCAAUGGAUCCCAUUAAUUUCUAUGGAGAGCAGGCGAUCCGGAUGUGCGGUACAUGAUGGAUACUCUGCUGCAAGUUGACUGACCAUUCGCCAUAUGUGAUUUGCAUAACUUGUCAUUCACAAAUUGUAUGUGAUUAGACCAGCUUCGCGCAAAUUAGCUAGCUCAUUGUGUGUAAGUUGUGGUUAGGGUAAGGGGAUCGGGGUUAGGGACAGCGCAAAUCGAUAAACUCUGAUAACGAUUUGCGCUACGGUAGCAUUUUUCCGACAAUGUAGCAAAAAUCGUCCGAACACCGACCUUCCACCCCCCUCGUGGAAAAAGAAAUGCAUGACAAUGAACAAAUUACACUUUUGGACAGAGCAGAAAUAUUUUGUGCUUCAUUACAUCAUCCAAAUUUAACUGAAAUAUUCUGUACGUGUUUGUGUAAAGUUGUGCAAUUAUUUAUUAACCAUACUAUUUCAUCAUUUGGGUGUUAUAUUUGUUAUUCUUGACAAAUCUCACUUUUUAACCAUAAUUCUUACAACAAAAACUUAGGCA